CUUGUUUCCGGGUUUCCGAGAAGAGAGCGAUAAAACGGUGUCAGCAGGGAGUAUGGCUCUGCUGGCAGGUCAGGAGGGCAGACCUCUUGCGGACAGAGUUUGCAGGCAGCCGGACUGCGCUGACAUUGACAGCUGGAAAGUAAACAGCUCGGUGCAAAGCAGCUAACUGCGGCUAGCUCCAGUGAACCCGCCGCUAGCCGAUCUGUUGAAACCAUCGACAGCUAGCUAGCUAACCUGCUAGUGUCGCUGGUAACUUACGCCAGCACAGCUCACCAGCACCCUCCCAUCAUUUUUUUGGAAGGGGGGUUAGACUCUCCCCUACGAAGGAUUUCUACAUCGACACUUCCCAUUCAUGUUGUUUAGGAGGACGAGACUAGCAAACAUCCGCUUGUUCGAGCCAGGGAGCCAGCGUAUUGUUCCAGAGACGGUGAAGUCACCGGCCUUUAGCCCACACAGAACGGUGCCAACGCAGAGUCAGGAUGCCUAUUCCUCCCCCUCCUCCUCCUCCAGGACCCCCACCCCCUCCAACCUUCCAUGAGGCAAACACAGCUCCUCCCAAACUGAGCUCAUCUGAGGCAAAAGGCAGAGGAGCACUGCUGUCAGACAUCCACAAAGGCGCCAAGCUAAAGAAGGUCGGCCAGGUCAAUGACCGGAGUGCUCCUGUUAUAGAGAAAUCUGGAGGAGGUGGUGGAGGUGGCGGUUUUGGAGGUGGAGCCCCAAAGGGAAUGGGCGGCCUUUUCCAAGGAGGUGUGCCAAAGUUACGACCAAUUGGAGACGGUCCUGCUGGUGGUUCACUGGGCAGAUCUGCGCUACGGCCCCCGGGGUCCCGGUCAGCGGCUCCUCGUCCUCCCACAGGCCGGUCCACCUCACCGUCACCCCCCAACAAGCCCUCUCCACCAGAACAUUCACGCUCACACCGCCCCUCGCUGCCUGACAUAUCCCACUCCUCCAGCGGUAGCAGUGGGAUGAAGCACAGCACCUCUGCACCACCGCCUCCACCACCCUUUAACAGAGGUGGCCGUGGAAAUGCCCCACCUACCCCAAGCCAGAAAGCAUCUCUUGCACCUUCCUCAUCCUCUUACAGCAGAGAGAAACCCCUUCCACCAACACCUGGAAGAGGCCCAGCCCCGCCCAGCAACGUAAAACCUCUGUCCUCCAGCAGACCACCUACUGGAGGCUCUUCUGCUCCUCCUCCUCCCCCGCCAUACAGACCACACACAUCUGGUGGUGUCUCGAAUGGGCCAUCCCACGGCGAUGGAGGUGGAGCUCCAGAGCUUCCCCAGAGGAAUAACUCCCUUCAUAAAAAACACACAUCAGGAGGCAGCAACCAAGGACGCAGCCAUGCCCCACCACCACCUCCAUCAUUAUCAUCGUCAUCCUCUUCUCAGCAGUCUAACAGACCACCUCCACCUGUCAGAGAUCCACCUGGACGCAGAACAGCUCCCCAGGCGCCCACCCCUGGGUCUCGUAAUGGCAAUCGGGAUGCCCCUCCUCCCCCACCCCCUUACCGUGGCCAUAGCUCAGACUCCAGAGGCAAUAAACCACCACCUCCUCCUUCCUCUUCCUCCAUCUCAUCUUCCUCCUCACGAACCCCAGCUGGACCCCCUCCUCCACCCCCGCCAGUCCGGAAUGGUUACUCCUCCAGCUCCUCCUCCAAGUCCAUCAUAGAUGAUUUUGAAUCCAAGUUCAACUUCCACCCUAUUGAAGACCUUCCACCUCCAGAGGAGUACAGGCCUAUCAACAAGGUCUACCCCAGCAAGACCAACACGGCCGUAAGAGGAGCUCCUCCAGCGCCGCCAGUGGGCAGGUGAACAGACCUCAGUUCGGGACUUGAACUGUGUCGUUGAGGAGGAAGCGGUGAAGCACUCGAAUCAUAAACACACUACAUCACAAACAUACACUAACAUUGAGCCACCAGCUGGAAGCAUCAAGGUGAACACAAAGGAAACACUACUACACCACGCAGGUUUGACACUACUCAGCGGUCACUUUCAGUCUUUGCACGAGAGAACAAAAACCACUGCCUGGGACCACUUUGAUGACGACUCUGCUGACUGAAUGCAGAGGCUUCUGUUUGACAUAUCGGGACCAAACUCCGAACACUUCCAAAUCUCUGCAUUCCAUCUUUUUUUAUACUUAUUCAGAAUAAUAAUAAGAAUAGUUGUGAUUUUUCAGAAUAACAUAUUUUCUUUUUUCUGUUAUGUUAUUGCUUUUUGGUGUCAGCAUUAAUUUGUAGGGAAUAUGAGCAGAUAAACUCAGGUUUUUCCCUAAAAAUUUGUACUGCCACACAUGUGGGGCUUAUUGUCGGUUUGUUAAUUAGUAUUUGUCUUGAAUAGCCAUUCCAUCAGUGCCAGGUAAAGGUGUGCUUGAGUCGGUGUGCCAAAUGCAGGUGGAGUCUCACGAACGGUUCACCAUGACAGCAGUCGCCACACACUUGUUCUGACAUUUAGAAUUCUUUGAUUGUAGUCUUGCCUGUUUUUGUAACUCUAUCCUGUAUCUGGGGUUGUUCAUAUUUGCAUCUUCAGAUGAUGUUGCACAGCAGCUAAACUGCUUAACCGAGACACUGUGCAUGACCCUGACAUACGCACCUUCAACAUCAGGACUACAUCAUGUUGAUGCAACAUAAAACUGAUUUGCCCCUGAUGGUUCUGACAGGUUUCCUUCACAUAGCCAGCAUAUUUCUUCAGGCUCACUGUGGGUUCUGUGUGGGCCACAUUUUAGUCCAACACUAAUUAUUUGUUUACUGGACCAAGGUUUGCAGACCAUUUUUGGAGGAGUUUACAAGGGAUCAUCUCUGUUUUCGCAGGAAUCUUCUUCAAGGGAAGUUGGUCUGAAAGCUCAGCUCUGCUCUGAUUCAUGAUUUGCUGCUGGUGGCCCUUUCGAAGAAGGACCUCAUAGCCAGAGAAAGAUAAUGUGUUGUUGAAUUGCUAUGCAAGCAGCAGUUUGUAGAGAUUGUAGAUGGUAGCAGCUAACCAAAAACAAAAAUCGUAAAAAAAAAAAAAUGCAGGAACACUUAAGUGCCAGAGAAUUGUUGGAAUAUAUAUGGAGGUCCUCUCUUUUCUCCCUUUGAAAGCAUCAAGCUUCACUUAAAACACUAAUGACAUCAUUUUCUACAGUGCACAGCACAAAAAGUGAACAAAAAGAUCCUGGCUCAGGUCAGACUGUCCAUUCUCAGUGAUGCAGCGCCUCCUGCUGGUAUUUGCCUUACACAAAUCUGUUGUCACUCAUCGGUACCAGUGAUUAGUUUUUUGAUGAUGAUGACGACGACAUAUAUUGGGGGAAGAUGAUGACAACGGAGUAAAUAAGAAACAAGUCUAUUUGAAAAUGCAAUAAAUAUUGUAUAUUUACUUUAAGGAAUAUGGUAAUCAUAGUUAUUGAUCUAUUUUUAUGUUGUAAAAAGCUUGUACUAUAGGAAAAGACAUGAUUAAGAGUUCUAACAAUGUUCCAGUGGGUGAGCUUUGGUCUGACAGACUGGAUUCUUGUUGCACUUCUCUGGACAUUUGGCCAUAAAGGUGAAUGAGCUGAAUUGAUGUAUGCGAGGUUUUACCAAUGAGCCAACAUUUUUGGGGUCUGGUUUUCAAAAAAUCAGAUCGGCAGGUAAUUUAGUGAAGGUGAUAAGUGAUGCACCUCUGCUUCUUUUUCUGGAUCAUGUUCACCUUGAUACACAGAUGACCCCUCUACUUAUCUCAUGUUCUCACCUUGUCCACUCUGAAAAGCAAAAACCCUGUGGUCAUUCACGUUAUCAGCCAUGUUUUUAUCAUUUGAAAUAAUUUCAAAUAAAUAUAUUCCUGUUGGGAAAGGGUACCUGA